AUCUGCAGUUUUCCGGUUUGUGUGCAGCUGUUUCUGUCUGACUUGACGUGCCUCUCCUCUCUGUGCUGCCUCGCAUCGGGCGCUGAAGCCGCAUAAAAAAGCGUUUUCCAUAAUGCGGGCGCAGUGAACGGAGGAGACCCAGGAGGAGGGAAGCAGAGGGUUUACACUGAGCCUGCCUGACCCGCCUGUCAGGCACCGCAACCGGGAGGAUUACAAUGUCGAACCGAAAGCACCGGGACAACCAGGAGAUCUGCGCCCGCAAGGUCCGUGAGCUGGCCCAGUCUGGAGUAAACAAACACUGCUUCGAGUGCAGCCAGCCCGGGGUGACUUACACCGACAUCACGGUGGGCAGCUUCGUGUGCACGUCGUGCUCCGGAAUGCUGAGAGGCCUCAACCCUCCCCAUAGAGUCAAGUCUAUCUCCAUGACAACCUUCUCCCAACAGGAAGUGGAAUUCCUCCAGAACCAUGGCAACGAAGUUGGGAGGAGGACUUGGCUGUGUGUGUUUGACCCAAAGACAGACGCCUGCUCCGACAUGAAGGACUCUCAGAAGUUCAAAGAGUUCCUCCAGGACAAAUAUGAGAAGAAGAAAUGGCAUUUUUCCAAAAGUAAGAACCGGAGGGACGUGGAGGGUCCUUGGAGCCCCGGGGUCCAGGCUGUACCCCCUUCUCAUGGUCCAUUAGCCAACCAGGUUCCACCCCAUAACAUGCCACCCAACGCCAGGUCCAUGAGGACGCUGCCUCAGUCCCAGCUGCCGCCAUGGGAUCGAGCCCCCGCCAUCUCACCUGCCGACAUGCGAACAGACGUGUUCACCGCUCGGCCCUCGCGCUCCCAAAGCUUCAGAGACCCACCUCUGAAAGAUCCCACCCUUUGCGGGAUAGAAAGACAGCGCCCGGGCUCCCUGUCAUCAGCGCUGGGAGGUCAGAGCCACGCCCCCUCCUUCCCUGCCCUCCCACGGCCCUCAGCCAGUAGCUCUUUCAAAAACCACUUCACUUUAGGUCGUACAGUGUCGGCCUCGGGGGCCACGGGGCCCUUCAGAGCCUUCCCCAAGUCUCUAAGCGUGGACUUUGGAGGUCUGAACCAUCCUCAGCAGCAGCAUCUGCCCCAGUCUCUGUCCCAGCAGCAUCAGCACGCCUCUGGUGUCGGCCAGACGGCGACAACGCCGGGCAGCGGCUCCAACCCCAUGGACAGGUACGCUGCGGUGUCACACCUGGACAGCGUCUUCUCUGACCCGUCGCCGGCAGCUCCACCUGCUGGCCCUCCGCAGUACAGCACCCUCUUUGGCAGCAGGUUGUCAUCCAGCUCUACUCCUGCCAGUUCCCCCGGUGUCGAUACAGUCUCCAGCUCCCAAACCUUUGCAAAUUUCCCAAACCCAUUCAGUUCCAGCUCCAGCUCCAGCUCAGCUUCCCAGCAGCCCGUUGCCCUCUCCCCCAGUAACCCCUUCAGCAGCUCAUCAGGAGGUGAGACUCAUGUUCAGGGUCCUUCAGAUGAAACGCUGCGACAUCUGUCUGCAAGUUUUUCAACACGUGGGAAAGGUGAUUCCAGUGCGUUUGUCACCUCGCCCACCUCAGUUUUCCCGCCGUCCGCCUCGUUUCCAGCACCUGCUGCCCAGAAUGCAUUUCCUCAUGAGUCAGCCAAUAACCAGGAAGCCAAUGGUUUUGCCUCUUUCCCUGCGUCCGACUCUCAGCCCAAAGUCCCUCGUCCUAUGUCGGUGAACCCGUUUACAGGGAAUGUUUACCCCAGUCGAGGGACGUCGCGAAACCCUUUCAUCUGAUACCCCCGUCGAGCCCCCCCCCCCCCCUCCCUCUCCUCACUCCUCCACCCUCCCAUCCAUCUCUGGGAACCGAGGAGGGAGAAGUGAACUUGAGGAGUCGCUGCCAUUUCAAUGCCUCUGGAGUAUUUUCACCCUCAGAGGAGGAGGAGGAGGAGGAGGAGGAGGGUUUUGGACGCCCAUGCAGAACCCCUUACACCUCCCACCCUUAACUCCCCCUUCUCCUUUUUUUGUCUGUGUUUACGUGUUUUUGUGUGUGUGUGUGUGUGUGUGUGGAAGGAGGUGAAAAAAAAGAAAAAAAGGCAUGAAUGUAAUUAUGAUGAAAUUUCAGCGUGUCUGUAUGGGAGCCUGCUGUGUUUGUACCAUGUGACGUCACGUCUGAAGGUGUUUGUGUGCCAGUAGAUGCCACCUCAGGGCUCUGUGGGAGUCAAGAGUUAAAACGACGCCUCUAAAAUUUUUGGAGAAACUCACACGUAUAUCACACCACAACGUUGCUGCUGCUGCUACUUUUGCGUUCAUCUCCUGCUUUAAACUGCAAAAGAAAAAAAAAAGAAGAAGAAGAAACAGUAAAUCCGUCAGCGUUGUCUCCUGCUUUAAAACUCUCAAGUCUUUCAGUCGUCCAAAGGAAAAGCCGAAAACUCCGACCCAGCAUCACGAGUUUCUACAGAUGGUUAUAACCGCCUUAACAGCCUCCUGAUGCGUAUGAAAAAAAAGAUAAAAACAGGCUUUUCUCUGUAGUGGGGUGUGUGUGUGUGUGUGUGUGUGGAACAUGUUUGCAUCGUCACUGUUUUUUGUCAGGUUUUUCCUUUUUUGAAGGAUAAUGUACAUUUUCCACUCUCAGGCUGCAUGCGCUUAGAGGGCUAAAAAGGAGAUGCUACUGAAUGUAAAAGCAAUUUCAGAACAACUUUAAACGUGUAUUAAAUAAAACAAAAAACGUCAUGGCUUCAUGUACCGGACCAAAAUGCUGUUUCUUUUCUUUGUUUUUUUUUCAGUUGAUUUGGAGGCAAAAGUUUAUUUCCUUUUAAUAUUUUUGCCAAAAAGAGAGAAAAAAAGUGAGAGAUUCAUGUAACGUCUUUGUAAUGACAAGUAUUCAUGUUCAUAAAAUCAGUUUGUUGCUUUUUAA